UAGCUGCAUUACUAGGCUUCUUUCAUUGCAUUUGCGGUGGGCUGCUUUCAGGUUUUUCGGCUAUUCUAAUGGCGCAAUUUAAAGAAAAUCCAAAUAGUUUUACUAUUUCCGAAGAAGAAGCAUCGUGGAUUGCAUCAAUUGUGGUUAUUCCAAUGGCACCCUCGUGUUUGGUAGCUGGUUAUCUCAUCAACAAAAUGCCAAAACGUUUAUUUGCCAGCCUCUUGGCAAUGAUUGAAAUUGCGGGUUGGUUGAUCAUUUACUACAACACAUCACUAACGGAAAUAUUAGUAGGAAGAUUAUUAACUGGUAUUGCAAGCGCUGGUGGUGCUCCAAUCAUACCACAAUUUAUUGGAGAAACAUCACAUCCGCAACUAAGAGGAUUUUUUCUAACUUCCGUACUUUUGGGACUUUCCGUUGGAAUUCUGAUAAUUCACGUCCUGGGAGCAUUGUUUUCAUGGAAAACCUGCAUCAUCAUAACAGUUCUAAUUCUGUUUAUUUAUCUUUGUUUGAUAUUCUAUCUGAAAGAACCGUAUGGUUGGUAUCUGAGAACACACGACCAACCUGCAGCAAAGAAGAGUUUCAGUUGGUAUCGAGGAAAUAGUCCGGAAGCAAAAAGAGAGAUUGCAAAACUUAUUUCAAACCAACAUGAAAACACCUACGCGAAUUAUUCGAUCAAAGAGAUGACUAAGUUGUUCCUGAGUCGAUUGCUGCUCAUGCCACUUGCAAUCAGUGCAACGCUCAUGAUAACUAUGCACUUUUCCGGAAACAAGGCAAUCAUGUUUUACUCAAUCACUAUUUUGAGUCAGACUGUGCCGUUGUUGAAUCAAUAUGCAUCGACUGUUAUCGUUGAUGUAAUACGAGUCGGAAUGACGUUGGUAGGAGCCGUAUUGAUAAGAAACUUUCGUGUGCGUCCAUUGUUGAUCAUCAGUGGAGUUGGAAGCGCUGCAUCGCAUUGUUGUUUCGCUUUAUUUAUAUACCAAUCAGGUGAAAACCAACAUGAAGUGUACUCUAUCCUUGCAUUGAUAUCAUUGAUAUCUUAUAUUGUUUUUUCAUCAAUUGGUAUUGCGUCAUUACCGUGGGUAAUUUGUGGAGAAAUUUUUCCUUUGAUCGUUAAAGGAAUCGGAUGCGGAUUCAGCACGUUUGCUUAUUUCUUUUCGUUCUUCCUGGUGAUUAAACUAAGCCCAAAUUUAUUUGAUGCAUUUGGUCUAGCUGGAGGAUUUUUAUGUUUCGCGUUAUUUACUUUCUUGGGAACUGUAAUUCUCUAUUUUAUUCUACCAGAAACAAAAAACAAAACUCUGAAAGAGAUCGAGGAAAUGUUUCGUGAGCGUCGAAGCACUAAAUUUUAAUUAAUAUUUUAAAUGCGAAUAUUGUAAUUGUAUUAGUAGCUUUUAUAAAUUAUAAUAAACAAUUUGUCCUUCAAAUAA